GUUAUUGAUCCCGGAGUACAGAGACACGCCAAUCGCACAAGAGAAAAAAGACAGAAAAGGAAACCAAUUUCUCCGCAUAAAGUAUUUCCCUUUCACUGAGUCUUUUUAAUGGCUCCUUUCUAGAUCACUUUACCCUCAGCUUUUGAUCUUCUUCGUUUUUCCAGGGAGAUUCAGGUAUCCUUUAUUUUUAGAUGACAUUCCCAGUUACCCAUUUCUCAGUUUACGAUGCUAUCAACACGUAGUCGUACUUGCCUUGCUUAUACGCUGUAUUGUAGUGAAGUUCUGACUAAAAGGGUCUUGGGUUGAUAGUUAAAAGUGGUUUAUAGAGUGUGACACAGAGCAAAAAGAUGAGUUGUCGAAAUCUGGAGAAGAUGGCAUCAAUUGAUGCCCAAUUGAGGCUUUUGGUUCCCGGGAAGAUCUCUGAUGAUGACAAGCUUAUUGAGUAUGAUGCUUUGCUUCUGGAUCGGUUUCUUGAUAUUCUUCAGGACUUGCAUGGAGAGAAUCUAAGGGAAACGGUCCAAGAGUGUUAUGAACUGUCUGCGGAGUAUGAAGGCAGGCAUGACCCAAUGAAGCUUGAGGAGCUAGGGAAUGUGUUGACAAGUCUAGAUCCGGGGGAUUCCAUAGUGAUAGCAAAAUCUUUUUCUCACAUGCUCAACUUGGCUAACUUGGCUGAGGAAGUGCAGAUUGCAUAUCGCCGCAGGCAGAAACUAAAAAAGGGUGAUUUCGUUGACGAGAACAAUGCAAUAACUGAAUCUGACAUUGAAGAAACUCUCAAAAGGCUUGUAGUGGACAUGAAGAAAUCUCCCCAAGAAGUGUUUGAUGCAUUGAAGAACCAAACUGUGGAUCUUGUUUUAACGGCUCACCCUACACAAUCUAUCCGGAGAUCAUUGCUUCAAAAGCAUGCAAGGAUCCGGAAUUGUUUGGCUCAGUUGUAUGCCAAAGACAUUACACCUGAUGAUAAGCAGGAGCUCGAUGAGGCUUUGCAAAGGGAGAUUCAAGCUGCUUUUCGAACUGAUGAGAUUAGAAGGACUCCUCCAACCCCUCAGGAUGAAAUGAGAGCUGGGAUGAGCUACUUCCAUGAAACAAUUUGGAAGGGUGUUCCAAAGUUUUUGCGGCGUGUUGACACAGCCCUAAAAAACAUAGGGAUUAAUGAACGUGUUCCUUACAAUGCCCCAUUGAUUCAGUUUUCUUCUUGGAUGGGUGGAGAUCGUGAUGGAAACCCAAGGGUGACUCCUGAGGUAACAAGGGAUGUUUGCUUACUAGCCAGAAUGAUGGCAACAAACUUGUACUAUUCCCAAAUAGAGGAUCUCAUGUUUGAGAUGUCUAUGUGGCGCUGCAAUGAUGAACUUCGUGCUCGAGCAUAUGAGCUUUAUCAAUCAUCAAAGAGAGAUGCAAAACACUACAUAGAAUUUUGGAAGCAAGUUCCACCCAGUGAACCGUACCGUGUUAUUCUUGGUGAUGUCAGAGAUAAACUCUACCAGACUCGUGAGCGCACUCGUCAAUUAUUAGCCCAUGGACACUCUGAUGUUCCCGAGGAGGCAACAUUCACUAAUAUCGAACAGUUCUUGGAACCGCUAGAGCUCUGCUACAGAUCUCUGUGUGCUUGUGGCGAUCGACCUAUUGCAGAUGGGAGUCUGUUGGAUUUUCUAAGGCAAGUUUCCACCUUUGGGCUCUCACUGGUGAGGCUUGACAUCAGGCAAGAAUCAGAUAGGCAUACAGAUGUAUUGGAUGCUGUUACAAAACACUUAGAGAUCGGUUCAUAUCGAGAGUGGUCUGAAGAACGUAGACAAGAGUGGCUUCUCUCUGAACUGAGCGGGAAGCGACCUCUUUUCGGACCCGACCUUCCGAAAACAGAGGAGAUCUCUGAUGUUCUGGAAACAUUACACGUCAUAGCAGAGCUCCCACCGGACUGCUUUGGAGCAUACAUCAUCUCCAUGGCCACUGCUCCGUCUGACGUGCUCGCUGUUGAACUUCUACAGCGCGAGUGCCGUGUGAAGCAUCCUCUAAGGGUGGUCCCACUUUUCGAGAAAUUAGCAGAUCUAGAGGCUGCUCCAGCCGCUGUUGCGCGUCUUUUCUCAAUUGAAUGGUACAGAGAGCGGAUUAACGGUAAGCAAGAGGUGAUGAUCGGGUACUCGGACUCAGGGAAAGACGCGGGCCGGCUAUCAGCGGCCUGGCAGCUGUACAAAGCUCAAGAGGAGCUAGUGAAAGUUGCGAAGCAGUAUGGUGUGAAGCUUACUAUGUUCCACGGAAGAGGAGGAACAGUUGGAAGGGGAGGUGGUCCCACACAUCUUGCUAUUUUGUCGCAACCGCCUGACACUGUUCACGGGAAUCUCCGAGUUACAGUUCAGGGUGAGGUGAUUGAACAAUCAUUCGGGGAGGAACACCUGUGCUUUAGGACACUCCAGCGCUUCACUGCUGCCACUCUUGAGCAUGGCAUGCACCCGCCGGUCUCUCCGAAACCGGAAUGGCGUGCACUUAUGGAUAAAAUUGCCGUCGUUGCCACUGAAGAGUACCGCUCCAUAGUUUUCUCAGAACCACGAUUUGUCGAAUAUUUCCGCCAUGCCACACCUGAACUAGAGUAUGGUCGAAUGAACAUUGGGAGUCGCCCAUCAAAGCGAAAACCAAGUGGAGGGAUUGAGUCUUUAAGAGCCAUUCCAUGGAUUUUUGCAUGGACGCAGACCAGGUUUCACCUCCCGGUAUGGCUAGGUGUAGGGGCAGGCUUCAAACAUGCUAUUGACAAGGACAUCAAGAACCUCAAAAUGCUUCAGGAAAUGUACAAUGAGUGGCCUUUCUUUCGGGUCACCAUUGAUCUUGUGGAGAUGGUUUUUGCCAAGGGAGAUCCUGGCAUUGCUGCACUCUAUGACAAGCUUCUUGUGUCAAAAGAUUUAUUGCCAUUUGGUGAGCGUUUGAGGUCCAUCUAUGAGGAUACAAAGAACCUUCUCCUUCAGAUUGCUGGACAUAAAGAUCUUCUGGAGGGAGACCCGUACUUGAAACAGCAACUGAAGUUGCGUGAUUCGUACAUAACAACCUUAAAUGUGUGUCAAGCAUACACGCUGAAACGUAUCCGAGACCCUGACUACCAUGUCACCCUAAGGCCCCACAUUUGUAAAGACUACGUGGACUCAAAACCAGCUGCUGAGCUUGUGAAGCUGAACCCUACGAGUGACUACGCCCCUGGCUUGGAGGACACCCUCAUCUUGACCAUGAAGGGUAUUGCUGCAGGAAUGCAGAACACAGGUUGAAAACUCCUCCAUUCCCUGCAUCAAUCCAUCUGGUGUAAAACACAGUUGAUUUUAACUCAACUUUAGUGAUGGGUUUCAUUUUUAUAUUAUUGUGUACUAUUUAAACUACUGAGGAGAAAAUGACCAUGCUUUGCUAGCAUGUAAUAACUAUACAUUGAUGUAUGUAUCAUUGGGACUCAUAUCUAUAUUGGAACUACAGCAUUUGCUGGAGCCUUUUUUGAAUCAUUUAC